GCCGCCUUUCCUCUCCGUCUCUCCCGCUCCCUCUCCGGCGCCUCGCCCAGCUGCAGGCCUGCCCGGGGGUCGCCGUCCGCCUCCUUUGUCUGCAAACGACCAUGAUGUUUGCCUCGGCGGGCCCCAGCCCCGGGCAGACCUGCGGCCUGGUGCUGAUCUUCGCGGUGCUGGUGCAGUCCAUCUGCGUGGCCAUCACCUUCCUCUACUUCACCAACGAGCUCCAGCAGCUCCGUGAGACCUACUCCAAAAGCAGCUUUGCCUGUUUUACUAGAGAAAACUUCUUCCUAGAGGACCUGGAUCCAAGUUAUAAUGAGGACAGCGACCCCUGCUGGCAAGUCAAGUGGCAGCUGUCCAGGCUAAUUAAAAAGAUGAUCUCCAAGAACUACAUGGAAAAAACCGCUGCCACGGCAAAAGGUGACAAACCUCGAAGUCCCACCACAGUGGAAAGAGAAGCAGCUGAGAAUUCUGUGCCCAGAGUGGCGGCUCACUUAACUGCCAACAGGAAGCGCACUUUAGUCUCUCAAAAUUCUUCAUUCAGAAGCAGCAUCGGGACCAAAAUUAACACGUGGGAGACCUCGAGAGGCGCUCAUUCCUUCCUCUACAACGUCGACCUGAGGAACGGGGAACUCAUCAUACCCCAGACGGGCUUCUAUUACAUCUAUUCACAAACCUACUUCCGGUUCCGGGAACCAGACGGCGUGCUCCCUGAUGCCGAGCCUGACUCGGACAGUGUCAGAAACCCUAAGCAGAUGGUCCAAUACAUCUCCAAGUUCACAAACUACCCGGAUCCCAUCUUGCUGAUGAAAAGCGCCAGGACCAGCUGUUGGUCUAAAAAGGCAGGGUAUGGACUGUAUUCCAUCUACCAAGGGGGUGUGUUUCAGCUAAAAGAAAACGACCGGAUUUUUGUCUCCAUCAAUAACGAGGAGCUGGUGGACAUGGAUAACGAGGCGAGUUUCUUUGGUGCUUUCUUGGUCUCGUCUUCUAAAAAGUGGGGGGAGAAUCAACUAUCUUCAGAACUGGAAGAAUCGUAG